AUGCUAAUCCUUGCUCGCCGUGCUCUCUCUACUGCACGAUGGCUGCAUACUGGCGCUCUCCGGACUAGUGUUCCCCGCAUGAACGAAACUGUGCGAGAGGUCGAGCAGGCUCACAAGACUUAUUUUCGUCAGAAGGCUGGCGACUCUGCAGGAUUUCGUCGCGCGCGUAAGCCAUACAGGCUUGUGAACUUGCUAUCAAUGCUGGCGAUAUGCACAUUCGCGGGUGGUGUAUAUGCUUACUCCAUUUUGAUGGUUGAGCAAGACGAUUUCUCGGAUCUUGAAAAUUUCCGUGUUACGCCACUCGUGAAUGAAACACAUGCAAAACCGGAUUCAUCACUAUCGCAACCACCUGUUUCGUUGGAAGCAGAUAGACCUAUCGAGCGUCAUGACAUCGGAACUGGUUGGAAAGAUGCCCUUCGCAACCGUUUCGGUAGCCUGUUGGGCCGCUCCGAUUCUGCAUCAGUAUCAAAUAUUCCCAACGCCACGACGGGCCCUUUGAUGAACAAGAAAGCGAUCUGA